GCGGGCUGAGUGAGCUGCCGCCGCUGCUGCCGCCGCCGCCGCCGGGGGAGGGGCGGCCGCCGCCCGCCUGCGCUCAGAGACUCACGCAGCCCCAGUCCCGCCAGUCCGCCAACACAGUAGUGCCGGCCCCCUCCUUCCUUGGCCCUUCCCCCUCCCUGCCUUUGGCUCGCUCCGCCUUUCUGUCCCCCACCCCCACCUCACGGGUACGGGCCAUUCCCGGCCAGGAAACGCCGUGGCGCCGCGUUGGGCCUAACUCGAGUCUUGCUGCCUCCCGGGAGUGCCGUGCGCCGCAGCCCGGGCCCAGGCCCCGGCAGCGCCUGGGACAAGGAUCAUCAGCCUGCAUCGAAAAAUUCUGUUUCCUACCACCAAGCUUUGUGCAUGUCACAGCACAUAUAAUUUGUACUUUUCAUAGCUUCUGUGAAGGAAGUUGAUCUGCAGUUAAUAAUCAACCAUUUGGCCUUCGUAGUAUCCAAUGAGGGUUUUACUUACAAAGAAGAACCUGGAAGGACCUGUUGGCAAUUAGAGUGCCUCUGUAUUGGUCUUCAAGCUUCUGACAGAUAAUUUUGUGGGACUUCACAUUCAGAGGUCUAUAGAAAGGAUUCCUCAUGUCCAUAACAUGUUGGCUGAGGCUCUGCAGCUCACCCCCACUCCCAGAGUGGUUAGUCUCCAUUAAUUGGACCCCGUGAUUUCCACUCUUUGCUGUGUUGGACGUCAUGAGCAUUGCAAUCCCUCUGGGAGUCACCACACCAGAUACAUCCUACUCAGAUAUGGCUGCUGGAUCAGACCCUGAAUCUGUGGAGGCUAGUCCAGCAGUUAAUGAGAAGAGCGUGUAUUCCACUCAUAAUUAUGGGACCACUCAGAGGCAUGGGUGUCGAGGACUGCCUUAUGCUGAUCAUAAUUACGGAGCCCCUCCUCCUCCGACACCUCCUGCUUCUCCCCCUGUCCAGACGAUCAUCCCUCGUUCUGACCUGAAUGGCCUGCCGUCGCCCGUAGAGGAACGCUGUGGAGACAGCCCGAACUCUGAAGGAGAGACUGUUCCUACCUGGUGUCCUUGUGGUCUUUCUCAGGAUGGCUUCCUUCUCAACUGUGACAAGUGCAGGGGAAUGAGCAGGGGAGUUAUUAGACUUCAUCGGCGGAAGCAGGACAACAUAUCAGGUGGGGAUAGCAGUGCAACAGAAAGCUGGGAUGAGGAGCUUUCUCCUUCCACUGUGUUGUAUACAGCAACACAGCACACACCUACAAGUAUCACCUUAACUGUUAGAAGAACCAAACCCAAGAAGCGGAAAAAGAGUCCAGAAAAGGGUCGUGCAGCACCAAAGACGAAGAAAAUCAAGAAUUCUCCCUCUGAAGCACAGAAUUUAGAUGAAAAUACAACUGAGGGCUGGGAAAAUCGGAUAAGACUAUGGACUGAUCAAUAUGAAGAAGCUUUCACUAAUCAGUACAGUGCAGAUGUACAGAACGCCCUUGAACAACAUCUACAUUCUAACAAGGAAUUUGUGGGCAAACCUGCUAUUUUAGACACUAUUAAUAAGACUGAAUUGGCCUGUAAUAAUACAGUUAUUGGUUCCCAAAUGCAGUUACAGCUGGGAAGAGUCACUCGUGUUCAAAAGCACCGUAAAAUCCUGAGGGCUGCAAGAGAUUUGGCUUUGGAUACUCUUAUAAUAGAGUAUCGCGGGAAAGUCAUGUUACGGCAGCAAUUUGAGGUCAAUGGGCAUUUCUUCAAAAAACCAUAUCCCUUUGUGCUCUUCUACUCAAAAUUCAAUGGUGUAGAGAUGUGUGUGGAUGCUCGUACUUUCGGUAAUGAUGCUCGGUUCAUCAGAAGAUCAUGUACACCAAAUGCAGAGGUAAGGCACAUGAUUGCAGAUGGAAUGAUUCACCUGUGUAUCUAUGCUGUAUCUGCCAUCACCAAGGAUGCUGAAGUCACCAUUGCAUUUGAUUAUGAGUAUAGUAACUGUAAUUAUAAAGUGGACUGUGCCUGUCACAAGGGCAACCGGAACUGCCCUAUACAGAAAAGGAAUCCCAAUGCUGCAGAAUUGCCACUCCCACCCCUUCCAAGUCUACCCACCAUCGGAGCAGAGACCAGACGUAGAAAAGCACGGCGAAAAGAGCUAGAGAUGGAACAGCAGCAUGAGGCUCCAGAGGAAAAUAGUGAUCAACAACGGCAAGAAGUUCCAGAAAAAGUAACUGUAUCCAUUGAUCAUGAGGAAGUAGACAAUCCAGAAGAAAAAACAGAAGAAGAAAAAGAAGAGGUUAUAGAUGACCAGGAGAACCCAGCUCAUAGCAGGCGGACCCGGGAGGAUAGGAAAGUUGAAGCCAUCAUGCAUGCUUUUGAAAACUUAGAGAAAAGAAAGAAACGGCGGGAUCAGCCCUUGGAACAGAGCAAUUGUGACAUAGAGAUUACUACCACCGCUUCAGAGAUUCCUACAGAAGAGACAAAGACUGAGGCCACUGAGUCUGAAAAUAGCAACUUGGCUUCAAACAUUUCCAUCCCAAGCACCCCGCAAACUAUUGGUGUGAAUACCCGGAGGUCUUCCCAAGCAGGGGAUAUUGCUGUAGAAAAGCCAGUCACCAAACCACCUCCAGCAAAGCCUUCUAGGCCCCGACCGAAGAGUCGAAUUUCUCGGUACCGGACCAGUUCAGCCCAAAGACUAAAGCGCCAGAAGCAGGCCAAUGCACAACAGGCAGAGUUGUCACAAGCUGCCUUGGAAGAGGGAGGAAAUAACACUUCAGUAACUCCUACUGAAGCUGGAAGUAUAGACAGUUCAGGAGAAAAUAGACAAUUAACAGGAUCUGACCCAGCCGUAGUAACAAUUACUGGAUCUCAUGUCAACCGUACUACAUCUAAAUACCCCAAAACUAAAAAGUAUCUAGUUACAGAAUGGUUGAAUGACAAAGCAGAGAAGCAAGAGUGCCCUGUUGAGUGUCCUUUACGGAUCACUACAGACCCAACUGUGUUGGCAACGACCCUGAACAUGUUACCGGGUCUUAUUCAUUCCCCAUUAAUUUGCACCACCCCCAAACACUACAUUCGCUUUGGCUCACCCUUUAUGCCUGAGAGGCGACGAAGGCCCCUUCUGCCUGAUGGUACAUUCAGCUCCUGUAAAAAGCGCUGGAUAAAGCAAGCCUUGGAAGAAGGGAUGACUCAAACAUCAUCUGUACCACAAGAGACUAGAACUCAACACCUAUACCAAAGUAAUGAGAAUACUAAUUCUUCUAGUAUCUGUAAAGACAAUGCAGAUUUGUUGAGCCCAUUAAAGAAAUGGAAGUCACGCUAUCUGAUGGAGCAGAAUGUCACCAAGUUACUUCAGCCUUUGUCUCCAGUCACACCGCCCCCUCCCAGUUCAGGCUCAAAGAGCCCCCAGCUGACCACACCUGGCCAGGCUCACCCAGGAGAAGAAGAGUGUCGAAAUGGAUAUAGCCUCAUGUUCUCACCAAUCACGUCUCUGACUACUGCUAGUCGCUGUAACACUCCUCUGCAGUUUGAGCUUUGUCACCGAAAAGACCUGGAUUUGACAAAAGUAGGAUACCAUGACUCCAACACUAACAGUUGUGCUGACAGACCUUCCCUGCUCAACUCAGGUCAUUCUGACCUGGCUCCUCAUCCCUCUCUCGGGCCCACCUCAGAGACUGGCUUCCCAAGCAGGAGUGGAGAUGGACCUCAGACCCUCCUGAGAAACUCAGACCAGGCAUUUCGGACAGAGUUCAACUUGAUGUAUGCCUACUCCCCUUUGAACGCUAUGCCUCGAGCAGAUGGAUUAUAUAGAGGGUCUCCCCUAGUGGGGGACAGGAAACCUUUACAUUUGGAUGGGGGAUAUUGUUCCCCUGCAGAAGGGUUUCCCAGCAGAUACGAACAUGGUUUUAUGAAAGACCUCUCUCGUGGAUCCAUGUCACCUGGUGGUGAACGGACCUGUGACGGAGUCCAAUCUGUCCCCCAGAACCCACCACAGAGGAAAAAGGUAUCCCUGCUAGAGUACCGCAAGCGAAAACAAGAAGCCAAGGAGAAUUCUGGUGGGGGAGGUGACUCUGCGCAAAGCAAAAGCAAGUCUACAGGAGCUGGGCAAGGCAUCAAUAAUUCUGUUUACACUGGUACCCAUGGUGUGCAAGGAUCCUCAGUCCGAACCCCAUCAUCCCCUCACAAAAAAUUCUCCCCAUCUCAUUCCUCUAUGUCACAUUUGGAGCCGGUAAGCCCAUCAGAUUCCAGAGGCACUUCAUCUCACUGCAGACCUCAAGAGAAUAUCAGCAGUAGGUGGAUGGUUCCCACAUCAGUAGAGCGACUCCGAGAAGGAGGAAGCAUCCCUAAGGCCCUCCGAAGCAGUGUGAGAGUGGCCCAAAAAGGAGAGCCUUCUCCCACGUGGGACAGUAACAUCACAGAGAAAGACUCAGAUGGAGAAGGCCCAGAGACAUUGAGCUCAGCACUCUCUAAAGGAGCCACCGUUUACAGCCCUUCCAGAUACAGCUACCAGCUCCUGCAGUGUGAUAGUCCACGGACAGAAUCACAAAGCCUCCUUCAACAGAGUUCCUCCCCCUUUAGAGGACAUCCUACUCAAUCUCCAGGAUACAGUUAUCGAACUGCUGCACUGAGACCUGGAAACCCCCCCUCUCACAGUUCUUCAGAAUCAUCCCUCUCCUCUACGUCCUAUCCCAGCCCUGCCCACCCUGUGUCCACAGACUCUUUGGCCCCUUUUACGGGGACACCAGGGUAUUAUAGCAGCCAGCCACAUUCUGGAAACAGCACUGGCAGCAAUCUUUCAAGGAGGAGCUGUCCUUCUAGUGCUGCUAGCCCUACCCCACAGGGCCCCUCAGACUCACCAACCUCAGACUCAGUUUCUCAGUCCAGCACAGGAACUCUGAGUUCCACCUCCUUUCUUCAGAACUCUAGGUCGUCAUUGCCAUCAGACUUACGGACUAUCAGUCUGCCCAGUGCUGGGCAGUCAGCUGCCUACCAGGCCUCCAGGGUAUCUGCAGUUUCCAAUACACAGCACUUCCCACACCGUGGGAGUGGGGGUGUGCACCAGUACCGACUCCAGCCACUACAAGGAUCAGGAGUCAAGACUCAGACAGGACUUUCCUAGGGCUUCUGGAUAUGGGCAAACAGAACUGAACAAGCCCAUAGCUGCUUCCUUCCAGCUGCCUCUGGAACCUAGGCCGAGCUUAUUGCUGGGGAAGGGGGUUACAAGGUGCCAGAGGAUUAGGUCUGGUCAACAAGAAACAAGACUUGUGGUCUCGACUGGCCUCUGACCUUGGAGAAAGAUGUAAAUCUUGUCUGAAGCAGAGACUAUAAAGAAGUUUCUCCCUGCUGUUAAGGGUACAUUGUUGACAAACAAAUGGUGUUCCGGUUAGUAACGGUUCUAAGUGCAAUGAGUUGUGUUGAAGCUUCUGUCUCCCAUCCUUGCCUGUAGCCUGUAGUCACUUGUGCAGUGAGGACAUCUUUUUAAAUAAAAAAAAAUUUUUUUUUUUUUUUUCAAAGAAAAAAAGUGAAAAGAGCCAAUUUCAAAGCCCCAAGCCAUCUGAGUAGUGUUAACGGUUUUAUGCACUUAAGAAAAAAGGUAGGUAUAUAAAUGUUCACCCUAAGGCUCCAUUCCAGAAAUAGAUACAUGUCCAAGUUGAGUCCACCAAGAGUACUCCCUACCUUUGUCUUUAAAAAAAAAAAUCACCAGGUAAUAGGCCAGGAUAGUAAAGCUUGGAGCUUGCUCUGACUGAGGGAUGCCUGGCUCUCUGAAGAGACCUGGUAAUCAGCUCUUGAUUGUUUGGGAGCAGAUUAUCUGUGUAUUGAGCCCCAGCUGUUACCAUCCCACUCCUCCUUCCCAGGCUGUUUCACAGCUUAAUAACCCAUGAAGUAAGUAGAGAGGGGUGGAAUGAGAAGUGAGAUGGGCCGAUUACAUUGCUACUUACCAGCUUUGGGGAAUAGAUUUGAUUAGGAAGAAUCCCAAGUGGUCUUGGAAUACUUUGAAUUUUAUUUUUUCUACUCCCAGUCAAUCAGGAGUUGACGAUCCCAUGAGCAGGACCGCCUCCGUGAUUGGGGAGCACGCACUCAUGACUGCAGGGUAAAAGUGGGAAGAUAGGUUUGUGGAGUGGCACCGACAGGACUGUGAUUGUGUGUGGGCCUGCCCCACGUUUCUUUGGGGGAAUGCUUAUGUGAGAGUGGGCCAGUGAGAGAGUUACCAAGCCACCAUACCCCUAACAUUGUUCUGGAUGAGAGACGAGAGCAGACUGGCUUCUCCCCAUCAGUGCAUUGUGCCUGUUGUACACCCCUGGAGGAGCCCUAGAGCCAGCCCAGGUGGGGUACACAAUCUUUUAAAUUCCAUAUGGUUGCCAGCUUAUUUCUUUCACUUGUUUACUGUAAUAUCUGGCGUGUUUUUAUUUAUCUAAUUUUGUAUUCAGUUAUAACCAUGGUAGGGGUAGUGAAUAUAUGACAGGUGUAAUCCCUGGUGCUGCAGUGGACCUUCUUUUCUUUUGGACAAGAUAAUACUGUGAGUCUCCCCCCUUCCCUCUAAUUUUUUUUCUCCUUUUCCCCCCAGCCUCUUGCAUCCCCUUUUCUAUCCUGUCCUACAACUAUCAUAUGCACAGUCUUCUCUCUUUGUGUGUGACUGUUACAAAAUUUUACUUUUCAAAAUUGAAAUCAGGUGUUUGCUCAAAUGAGGGGAGAUUUUUAUUAUUAUUAUUUUAAUGCUGAGACCUCAGCAGAGAACUUUUCAUUUUGUUGCUUCCCCUACAAAUCCAUCAGUCUGGGAGAGCGUUGGGAGUAGAAUCAUGUUGCCUGGGAUGCCGGUUUCUUUGUAUAUUAUAUAAAACGUAUGUAAAUGUCUCUCCAUUUGGGCUGGGGUUUGCAUUCUUCUCUUGGCUAUUGGCCAAGGGGAGAGGCCAGCGGGCAGGCGGCCCUCACCCUGCCUGGCACGUGCAGAGACCCCAGCUACUCUGUGUGGGCAGGGUGCUGUCAAGA